GUUUUCAAAUAAUUUAUUCGUUUUCCAAUAUCAGAAAAGGUUUUCGGCUUUGAGCAGAACAUCGGGCCAUCGCAGACUGAAAGCAAGUUACAGAGCGUGUGAAGAGCGAGAGAAGAAACAUUGGAAGAUAAUCUAUGGCGGAUUCGUCCGAUGAACUCGAACCUUUAUUCGAUUAUAGUCGCGUUCAGCCCGUUAAUAUCGUUUUUGUCGACGACGACGAUUCGCCAAUUGCGUGUCCGAAGAGGAAGAAGAUUUCUGAACCUGUAGUUGAAAAAGGAGAUGAGACCGUGAAAGUGAUUGAAAUAGUGAAUUCUAAGGAGGCCGAGGAGGAUUGGCUACUUCCUCCGCCGAAGGUUUCCGUUGAUGCUCAUAAUGAGCUUGGUGAGAAUUCAACUAUUAAGGAGUUAAGAUUAAGAAAGCAGGAGCUUUUGUCAUAUGCAAAAUCAGCGGAGCAUGCUUUAGAAGAGGUUGAGUCAUCUGUUACAGGAGAACUGGACAGAUCAUUGCAGCCUUCUUUAGAUGCUGUUGCCGUGGAACCACCAAAAUAUUCCCAUGAAAGGGCUAAAGUUGUAAUUUCAGUCCAGGGCAAGGAUGGACAAAAGCAAUUUCGUGUGUACAUGGAUGACAAGUUUGAGCGGCUCUUUAAGUUGUAUGCUGAUAGAGUUAAGCUUGACCCAGAAAGCUUAGUAUUCUGUUUUGAUGGUAGCAAAAUUAGUGCACAUGCAACCCCUGAUAGCCUUGGAAUGGAGGAUGAUGACAUUAUUGAAGUGCACGUGAAGAAGAGUUGAUCGAGUCAUUUUGCUUUGCAUUCUUCUCUGGUGGCAUUAUGGAUUCUAUACACACAUAAUUAAGUACCGUCUGUCCAUAUACUUGGGAAGCCACAAUCAAGAUUGUUGCAUUUCAAUGAAGUUCCACUUAGACGUGGCCAUGAGUUGGGCAUAUAUUCUGUUUGCUGGACCUUGCCAAACUGGAUUUGCUUUCUGUUUGUGCCUUGUAUCUAGUGAGCGAAGAAUGUACCAGGGCUGCAAAUGGAUAGUAAAACAUAAAAUCCAUGAGAUUGCAUUGAGCUUCUUGCUUCUUGUUUUUGUGUAUCUUUGGGCAGCAACUUUUCUCUUCUUUGCAGUAUGGCUGGUUAUAUAAUUGGUAAUGCUUCAACUAGAAUGUUUAUCAACUACCAUGAGAAAUACCAGUCUGUGGUGGUUAAGCAAUAUUUUGAAAAACUGUUGAUAGAUUGUUGAAUUUCAAUUCUACUGACAUUUUUUUGGGUAAACCCUUGUUAUCCAAUUGAGAA